AAGAAUCCACAGGUGUUCAGCUCCAUCUGCAGGGCUUGAUGCGCACCAGACCUGCGAAGAAUUAAACUUCAGCUCAUGUCAUGGAUGAUUAUUCAUUGAAAUUUCGCUCCGUAACAUUUUACGACUAAGAGAAAUACUUUUUAUUAAUUGUAUUUGAUAACUUUGUGUGUUUUUUAACUCCACGUGGGUGCCAUCUUCCAGAGGCAACGCCCAUACCUGUACAUUACAAACGUCAAUACUUUUCAUCUCAAAUGUGUCUCACCACACUAAAUAAUUGCGUACUUAACGAGGAAAUGGGGUAUGGGUUGGUUAUGAAUCUGAAACUUUAUAGACUUUUUUUUUUUUUUUUUUUAACUUAUAGUUCACCACUUCCAGGAAGUGGUACAAUGGGAUGAAUUGCCGUGAGAUUUCGUGAGUAAAAGUUUGACAUUUAGCAGACGUAUUAAACUCAUAGUAAGUAAUAAUACAAACAUAAAGACUCGAGUGAUAUUUUUCGUCGUCGAUAGUGCUUUUAAAGUCUUCUACGACGACAGUUUGAACUGACGGGGAUGAUACAUGAAUCUGUUCUUCUAAGAAACAUUUGACUGAACUACACGUCAUAUUUUGAAGAUGAGCCGUAAUUAUACCGAAAUAUUAUUGUGAUGGCAACUGAGACACUCCACGAUUCAGGACCAGAGAACAAGCAAACCGUGAAGGCCCGACUCCUGUCUUCACGUAAGCUCCUGGUGGAUGCCCUGUAUCACUUGGGCCCUCUGCUAGACUGUGUUAUAUCUGUAGGGCUACUCUGUAGAGACAAUUGCUAUGAGAUUGAGGCUGAACGGACGCCACCCAAAAAAGCCCGAAAACUUCUAGAGAUUGUUGAUGCUCAGAUGGACGAGAGCGAUGCCUACUGCUUCUUGGAGUGUCUGAGGAAAUGCAAGAAACAUUACCCACGACUGCGAUGCUGGUUGUCUGCAGGGGAAGAACGAUACCAUUCUGCAGAUAUUCAGCAAGGUCCAACAGAACAUCAUCUACGAGCACGGUUUAGUGUUCUGUGCUCACGCUUGGGCUGUUCUGUUCUACCGGUGGCUUUGGAUCUCUUCUCCAAUGGCAUUCUCACUCAAUUAGAACUGGAGAAAGUCCAAGCAGUUCUUAUCCCAACCCAGCAAGCACAAACCUUGCUGUCCAUCUGCCUGAAGAAAGGGGAGAAUGCAUGCAAGUGCUUUUACACAGCCCUACAGAAUGAGGACCAGCAAUUAGCUGAGGAUCUUAAUGUCAAUAGUUUGAAAGAGGACCCCUCAUGUAUGUCCCUUAAUAAAGAGCUUGAGGGAGGCAGUAUACAGAUGGCAGUGCAGGAAACGAGAGGCCACUUGAGAACAGCUUUACCGCUCUCAGGAGGACUGCAGCAGGUCAUGGCUCAGCUGGGUUUGAUUGUUGGGGAUGAGAUCAGAUUUAAUGUCUGUGAGAUAGGUGUGGCAGUGGGUUUGCCACGUCGGACGGUCAGAGAAUACCUUCUUGAAGGGGUCGGCAUAGAGGACUCGGCCCAGCUUGAGGCUCUAGUGUCCCUGUAUAUGGAGAAGACGCAGGACGUGGAAAGAUUACUGAGCAGAGUGGCAGGACUCAGUCCUCAGUGGGUCCAGCUUUCUGAGAGGGGGUGUCUGCUGUUGAGGUUGCUCCAAAAGGCAGAGACUCUGCUCCGUAGUGGAAUCCACAGUCACCUGCACAGCUGGGACCACCUCCAAGAUCAGGACCACUUGCGGAGCUGGGACCACCUACAUCCUGGAGAAUGCACAGACCAGAACACUGUGUGGGCCAUCUUUAGUUUCCUGGUGUGGGACUGCUUGGCCGAGGUUCUUGAUGAACCAGAGGCAAAGCCUAGUGAAGGCAUACUCGGUAUGAUCGAGCAGCUGAGCGCCAGUGGAAGAGUGGAGGCCGCUUUGCUGCAGGAGGUGGAGCAGUGUUGGACAGAAGGAGAUGCUGAGAGUCUUCUGCAGGGUGUGAGAGUCUUCGCUCAGGUGCUAAGGGACCUACAUCCCCUCCAGGAGGGCCUCCAGCUUUCUUCUUCUGUGGAGGGUCUGUUCUCCUGUCGCCCCAGCAGGCUACACAGAGUCACCUCCUUCCAGGGUGUUUCUGCUCGGGUCAUCCGUAAAGCUCUGAGCAGCAUGGCUCCAUCCUCCUCUGACCAGGAUGCAACCCUUCUUGCUAGACAAUAUAGGGAAGCAUGUGUUCGCCUGGCAUGUUUGCUGGAUGCGGUGCAUCCAAAAUGUAGUACCUUAGAAUUUUCAAAUGCACCCAUUGCUACAGUCACUCAGCAUGUGCAAUUUGUCUUAUCAAAUCGUGCUUUUAACUCCGAGUCCUUUGAUGCAGGUAUUCGGCACUGCUUGCUCUCCAUAUUGGAGUUCAAUCCUGCACAGUUGGGCUUGGGUUGUCUCAUGCAGCUGCACCAGGAGACUCUUUCUAAAUUGCAGAGCUACUUACAACUUGGCGAGCACCACAACUUCCAGUUUAUUCUUGAAUCAGUGCGGUUACUCGGGCCCGCAAAGCUGUUCUCAGUCAGCAGGGUCCAUGGUCCCAUCGCCAUCGACAAUGGAGUGGAGGAGGUCCUUCGUUUUAGAACGUCAGAGUCCACUUCCUUCAUCGUUCGGUUGCAUUGCCUUUGCUAUGAACAGGAUAGAGGGCGCAAUAAGGUUUGUACACCACACUGUGUGUGUAUGUAUAUGCUCAAAGCAGAGAGGCUGUGUGAGAUGCAGUGUUUUAGUGGGAAUGUUAUAGCCAAGGCAGGUGGAAAGGUGUGGAUCAGAGAGGGAGACAAAGACGGGCGGGAGGAGCUAAAGUCUUUGGCUCAGAGACACUCUGUUCAGCUCAGGGACGAAGGCUGCUGCUUCAAAGUUAAGACCUCUGGCUUGGAGUGUGAGGUUAAAUUCAUAUACAGGAGUGGGAGACUGUGGGCUGUGCCACAUAGAGACUGUGAAGUGGAUUAA